AUGGAGGGCCGCGCGAGCCCCCCGGCCGAGCCCCGCGCCCGCCCCGCCGCGGCGGUGCUGUGCCGCGGCCCCGUGGAGCCGCUCAUCUUCCUUGCCAACUUUGCCCUGGUCCUGCAAGGCCCGGUCACCACGCAGUACCUCUGGCACCGAUUUAGUGCUGACCUCGGCUACAAUGGCACCCGCACCCGAGCUGGCUGCAGCAACCACAGCCAGAACCCCAUCAUGCAGGAAGUGGAGACCCUCACCUCCCACUGGACCCUCUACAUGAACUUGGGUGGCCUCUUGGUGGGGCUCUUCUCGUCCACCCUCCUGGGGGCCUGGAGUGACCACGUGGGCCGCCGCCCGCUGCUGGUGCUGGCCUCGCUCAGCCUGCUGCUCCAAGCCGUGGUGUCCAUUUUUGUGGUACAGCUGCAGCUCCACGUCGGCUACUUCGUGCUGGGCCGCAUCCUUUGUGCCCUCCUGGGCGAUUUCAGUGGCCUCCUGGCUGCUGGCUUCGCCUCCGUAGCAGAUGUCAGCUCCAGCCACAGCCGCACCUUCCGAAUGGCCCUGCUGGAGGCGUGCAUCGGGGUGGCAGGGAUGCUGGCGAGCCUUCUUGGGGGCUACUGGCUGCGGGCCCAGGGCUAUGCCAACCCCUUCUGGCUGGCCUUGGCCUUGCUGAUAGUCAUGACUCUGUACGCAGCCUUCUGCUUUGGGGAGACGGUGAAGGAGCCAACCCAGACGCGGCUCUUCACACUGCGUCACCACCGCUCCAUCUUCCGGCUCUAUGUGUCCGCGUCCCCGGAGAAGUCCAGGAAACACCUGGCCCUGUACUCCUUGGCCAUCUUCAUAGUCGUCACUGUGCACUUUGGGGCCCAGGACAUCAUGACCAUCUAUGAGCUGAGUGCACCCCUCUGCUGGGACUCCAAGCUCAUUGGCUACGGUUCAGCAACUUACCACCUCCAAUACCUCACCAGCCUGCUGGGCCUGCGGCUCCUCCAGCGCUGUCUGGCUGAUGCUUGGGUGGCCGAAGUCGGCCUGGCCCUCAACAUCCUGGGCAUGGUGGUCUUUGCAUUCGCUACCGUCACAGCCCUCAUGUUCACAGGGUAUGGGUUUCUCUUCCUGUCGUUAAUCACCACACCUGUUGUCCGGGCCAAGCUCUCCAAGCUGGUGAGCAAGUCGGAGCAGGGUGCACUUUUCUCCGCGGUGGCCUGCAUCAAUAGCUUGGCCAUGCUGACAGCUUCCAGCAUCUUCAAUUCCCUCUACCCAGUCACGCUGAACUUCAUGAAGGGCUUCCCCUUCCUCCUGGGCGCCGGCCUCCUCUUCAUCCCGGCCAUUCUGAUUGGGGUGCUGGAGAAGGUGAAUCCUCAUAGUGAAUUCCAGCAGUUUCCCAGGAGCUCCUGACCUGUUUGGGCCAGAGGUCAGGGGACACGAAUGGAGCAGUCACCUCCUGGAAAGACCCUUCAGGGGUCCCAGCCCACAGCAGCCCCAGCAGUUUCUGCAAAGUUGGACCAAACUACCUCAGCCACAGGGUGCCAACAACUCCGGAAUGUCAUCAGACCUCACAGGCCCAUCAGCACCUGCCACCACGGGGGAUGGGUGGUGGGUGGGUGGGGGUACCCUUGAGGGGCCUGCUGGUACAGGAGGGCUGGCUCUCCACUUCAGCCCAAACAGGGAAGGCUACGGGGCUCAGGUGAUGAUGUGACACCAGCCACCACUCUAGUGACGAGCAU